AUGCAUUACGUUUACUCCACCUUGGCGGUUGCUCUUAUGCUUGCCGGCGGCGCUCUGGCCGACUUGCACAACGUCGCUGUCUGCGUGACGAACCGCAAGUCUGCUCCCAUCGGCGGCACAGGUUGGAGCGUCAGCUACAACUGGGCCAAGAACUACGAGAUACUUCCUGAGGCGACGCGUUGCGCGUGCAACCUCUAUCGCCAGCGCAACACUGGAAAUAAGCAGUGGGAUAAGUGCCCCGAUUGCACUUUCGAUGGCCUUGGCUGCAACUCUGCUGGUUGGCACAUCGGUGGCGACGAGAUGAACUAUUACUGUUCCAAGAAGUGUGGCGCUCAGGGCUCUGAAGCCAACUAG